AAGAGCUUCAGCAACAAGGACAAUUAACUGUUGAGAAGCUAAAGAAGCAUGUGAGCAACUACUGGAUCAUGGCAAGAACCGGAAGCCCCCAAUUCAUGACAGCUUGUUCUGCUACAACCGCUGCUUCUGGGGAUUCAGAAAAGCAACACAAAUUCUCCACUUUGCAUCUCCUUACACCCCAUGUGACAUAUCGCAUACCACCACUUCCUCUCCCUUGAACUAACAUAAUCAUGAGUUACAACUCUGACGAUUAUCUGAAACUUGUGGACAGUGUUGCGUCGUGGAACAAUAAUACAGCACAAUACCUGGCUCACUUGUGGAUUUCAUCAUACCAAGGGGAUCAGCAAAACAGGUACAGCAAACCUAUGCCAUGGAUUGGGAUGUAUAUCGCAUUAGCAUCUCUGUUUUGUAUCAUUGCAAUGGUGGCUGAUUUAUUACAUGGUUUCCGGAGGAAAACGCUAUGGUUUCCGUGUAAAUACUUCACUCUGAACUCUGCUUCUCUCACUGUGAUAGCUGUUGCAAUAAAGCUGCCCAUGGAUCUAUCUACUCUAAUGCCAAGUUACAUGGACCAGGCUACAAAGCUUGGAAGCUUGGGCUUUAUGUGCACCAUGAUGAGUAAUUUAUUGCCUUCUCUAGCAACCAUGGAUAGCAAGGAACUUAUCCCAAACGUCAUAUCUUUGGCUGUUCUCGUGAUUACCUUGGUUGUGAAUAUUUGCAUUCAACUAAACACCGGAGCUCUCUUCUAUCAUGUAGUAGAUGAUGGUGCGGGGUUUGACCUUCAUGGUUAUGUGAAAAGUUUACCAUCCUACGUACCUGAUAGACACAACAGAUUUACAGCAGCCAUUUAUGUGGGUAUGUUACUCAUGUUGCUCACAAUAUAUGUAUGUUCAGCUCUAGCAAUUCUGAAGUCCAAACAGAUUCUAGAAUCAAAAUACCAAGCCACUCAUGAUAAAGCUAUAAACGAUCAAUAUUUGCAACAAGAAGGAGAAUUAACUGUUGAGAUGCUAAAGCAGCAUGUGAGAUAUUACUGGAUCAUGGCAGGAACUGGAAGCUCCCAAUUCAUGGUAACUUGCUCUGUUACAACCUCUGCUUCAGCGGUAAUAUGUGCUUCAAGCGUUGUCUUACACAUUCUUCUUUUACUUUUUUAUGUUGAAAAUCUAUGGGACUAUAAGUCGGAUUAUAAGUGGUCAAUGCCAGUGAUUCUCAUAAUACAGUUUUUUGGAAUCAUAGUGGGUACAAUUUCCCCACUUUCUAGAUGUUUUUCAGCCUUUAUCUUUAAGGUGUCCAUGAAACGGUUUCAGAACCAUAUCAAGAUCACUAAAGUAGAAAGCUACUGGACUGAGAAGCUAUAUGAUUGGAAACAGAGUAGCAUACCAUUCCCAUCUAGUAGCCGCAAUUGCAAGAUUGUCAUGGUUAACCUCAAAAUCAUAAUUCUCAAUAUUUGUAUAGGAUUUCAGAUGACAGUCGUGGUAGCAUGCAAGAUCAUAGCAGUGGUUACAUUUUUCGUUGUGAUAUGUGUCUUUUAUUGUAUCCGUUGUUGGAAGUGGUUAAAAGCCAUGUUUUGCACCGUGCCGAGAGAAAAGCCUGAGAGGCAUCUUAGCGGGUAUGUUUUGCAACUGCAAGACGACAUCGAGUUUGCUAACAGAACAUUGAAAGGCAUGUUAAAAUCUGUGAAUCACUUAAUCCAAAAGGCAGAAAAACGGCAACCCAAAAAUCUUAUGAAGCUUCUAGCAGAAUCCAGAGGUUUUGAUGGAGUUGAAAAGUUUGACAGCCAUCGUGUUCAACCUUUACUUUCGGAAGAAUAUCUGAAUUGUUGGAGUUUGUCAUUGGUAACUCUCACAUCCAUCGCCAUGUCUCUUCCGAACAUCCAAAAGAACAAAGUCGAUUGGUUGGUGAGUGGUGUGAGUGAAGGUCUUGUAUAUGUCAGACUUGUGGAAGAAUGCCUGAAUGCUACUGAUAAUCAUGUAAGCAUUCAAAAGGCGGCUAAAACUUUGUGGGUAGAAGUUGAAGUCUACCACAAGUGGUUAGGACACAAGCUACCAAAACAUAAGCCUAAAGUGAAUACACCGGGAUAUAUUCUUCAAUGGUUAAGGGAUACAGCUAAGAACAAGGCCAAUGAGGUGGAAAGCCAAGAUGAUAAUUCCAUAUACAAGUUUAUUUGUGCCAAUUCAAUGUAUCGUAUCACCGAAACAAUCCUGCUCUCAUACCACGAGAACAUUGACGAGAUUAGCCAAGAGGAACUAUUUGCAGAGUUAUCAUCAAUGAUCGCUGAUAUAUUCGCUGCUUGUCUCACCAACUUACCUCAAGUCAUUGCAAUGAAAUGCCAUCAAAAUGCCAUAGAAAAAAGGGAGGCGAGUGUCCAAGCUGCAGCCCAACUUCUUGGCGAGACUACACAGAUAAUCAACAGCCUUCAAGUUCGUGAACUUCCAAGAUUGAAUCCAGACGAGUUAGCGUUUAUUGACAAGUGGCGUGCUUACUUACACUACAAGAAAAAUCAUGAAUAGCUACGGAAAAUUUUUACGGAAUCAAAAUCCGUAGCAAUUUUAGUACGGAAUAUGCUACGAAAUGGCUUGUCGUAGCUAUAAUGCUACCUAAACGGUUACAAAAUUGCAUUCCAUAGCUAAAUCCUAAAUAGCUACAUAAAGUUUCUACGGAAUUAAGAUCCGUCGCUAUUCUACUAUGAAAUAUGCUACAAAAUGGUUGGUCGUAGCUAAUUUGCUACGAAAAUUGCUACGGAAUUGCAUUUCGUAGCUAAAUCAUGAAUAUUUGUUACGAAAUUGAAACUCGUAGCUAUUUUACUAUAAAAUAUGCUACAUAAUUUUUGGUUGUAACUAGUUCGUUAUGGAACUUAUUAUAGAAUUCAUAUUCGUAGCUACCUGGCUAGAAAAUUCGCUACAGAAUCAAAAUUUGUAGCUAGUUAGCUACAAAAUUGAAAUCCGUAGUUAUUUUGCUAUGAAAAUUUGCUACACAAUAAAAUUUUGUAGUUAAUCUACCAUGAAAUUUGUGACAAAAAGAUUAAUCGUAGUUAUGUGUCAAUACGACCGGUUUCGGAAUUUGCAAAAUAACUAUGAAAUCAAAAUCUGUGGCUAUUUCUCUACGAAUUAUUCCGUAGUUAAAUAGCUACCUAAUAUAUUUCCCGUAGCAAAAUAUAUAAAAUUAUUUUAAAUGGAAACUAGUAAAAAUCUUAAAAUAAAAGAAGAAAAUGAUAUCUUUAAAUUAUGAUUUUCUCUUAAUUACCUAAAUAAAAACUAUAUAUAUUACGUUUCAUUAUUUACUUUUACUUAAGCUACUUUUCCCCAAAUCAUCACAUUAACCCCAUUCCGUGUUCCUUCGUUUUCUCUGUUUGACUUCGGUGGAAGCAACAUAAUUUUCCCCAAAUCAUAUCAUACGUAUCACAUUUUCACAUUUGGAAGCAGCAUAAGGCGAUCACGCAUGAAAGGAGUAUCUAUGACCUCGGUGGCGAAGUUGAUCCGAACAUCUCAGACAUCGGCAGUGUAAUUAGGGAUCUUAAAGGAAACGGCGACAUGUGAUUGUGUAGUGAGGUUGUUGAUCUCAAAUGAGAAACGGUUCAAUCAAAUGGCGGAAGGAAGGGACGUCCGUGAGAUCCAGUCUAGCAACCGUUCAAUUCUCACCUCCCUCAACCUAAAAUCGUUUCUAAAGAGGUGAUGACAUAUGUAACUCAAGAAGUGAAGGAUCUGUAUCAUCUUCUAGAAAAUAAAAUUUCUGCAUUUGGAUUUGGCAUCAAUAGUACAAUCUCUGGAAAAAUAUCUUCAACAUCUUCUGUACCAGAAGUGCCGCUUUCUCAGUACAUUCCUGCUUUGGAAAAAGUAGCAACCUUAAGACUCCUACAACAGGUGUCCUAAGUGUACCAAACAAUGAAAGUUGAGACUUUAUCAAAAAUGGUUCCUUUCUUUGACUUCUCAGCUGUAGAGAGGAUCUAUGUUGAUUUUGUCCGGCAUAAUUUCAUUGCUAUGAAAGUUGACCACAUGAAGGGUUUUGAAUCCGACACACUGCAAGGGUAAGUAAAGUAAAAGAAAAGAAGAAAGAUUGGUCCUUUUUUCAUGCAGAUGAUUGUUGGUUGUUUAUGUUGUGACAUUCUAGGAGAAGGUGACAAAGAAAUCCUUGAUGGAGUUGGCAAUACAGGAGCAAGUUAGAGAGAGGCAAGAAAUGGAAAAGAAGAUGCAAAAACUAAUCAAGACCAUGGAUCAUUUUGAAAGAGCCAAAAGGGAAGAGGCUGCACCUCUUAUUGAAGCUUCUUUCCAAAGAUGUUUGGCACUUUGGCUGAAGAGAAACUCCGCCAUGAACACGAACAACAGCUUGAGGUUGAACUGAGCAGAGAGUGUCAUGAAGGAGAUCUGAAGGAGAAGUAUAGACUUGCUCGUGUUAUGGAACAUAAGAUGGAACUUGAGGAAAAAGUUGUGAGCAGACAAAAGGCAGAGUAUGAUAGAAUGAGAGCUGAGAGAGAGAGGAAAGACUUGGCCAAAUCCUCAAGGCACAAAAAGAGGAAAGGGACCUAAAAAGGAAAAUGUUGUUUUAUUUGAAGACUGAAAAAGAAAGGCUCAACAAGCUUCGUGAGGAAGAAGAAGCCCGCAAACGUGAAGAGGCUGAAAGGCGCAAGAAAGAGGAGGCUAAACGGAAGGCGAAGUUGGAUGAAAUAGCUGAAAGGCAGAGGAAAAGAGAACAAGAACUUGAAGAAAGAGAGAGGCUUAGGAAGGAGUGCAACACCGCUUGAUGGACCAACCAGACCGUCUGAGCUUAUCUUAAUUGAAAAUUUAAAUGAAAAAUUAUUAAUUUCCAUACAAGGUAGAUGAUUUUAUUAACAUAUAUAAAUAUUUUAUUAUGAGAAUUAUAAAUAAUAUACUUGAACUAACGGUUGUACUUGAAAGAAUAGCAAAGAUGAUGGUUUAGACAACAAUUUGAUUGGUCAAUUUGGUGUUGGAUUUUAUUAUGCCUUCCAGGUUGCUUACUGAUAACAUUAUGUAUUAGAUAACAUUUUAUGUUUAAUUUGUAGCAUUUUGAUGUAUUGGAUAUUAUUAUAGUUUCUAUAGAAAUACUACUUUUGGUUUUA